GCGCCUGCGGUGCCGGCCGCUGGCUCCGACGCGCCGGCGAGUGUCCCUUUAAAUGUGUGUGCGGGCGCGGGUGCGCGUGUGAGCUUCCCCGCACCGGGUGAAAGGAGGGGUUGGGGAGUGACGCUGGCUGCGCCUUGAUGCUGAGCGGAGCGCUCACCUGCGGAUGAGAGAGCCAGGGAAAGUCGGGGCGCAGCUGCAGCACAGUGAACGGAGCACGAGGAGAGGAGGGGGGGGACGUGUCCAACUCUCUGCGCAGGAAAGGAGGAAAUUAAACAAUCGCCGCGGAAGAAUUCCACGUCGCCACUCUCUCGGUGUCGUCCCUCGCUCAGGCAGCCCCGACUCGUUCGCUCGCUCGCCACGAUGAGAGCUGACUUCGCGCUGUUGCUGACAGCAGCCCUUCUUCUUGACACAUUCUGGAGGAAUAAUGGGGAGCGCGCUUCCAAAGGUCCCUGCCGAGCUGGCUUCUCACAAAGCUUCUACUCUGUGCCCAUUUCACGGGAUGUACUGCAAGGCCGGGCCGUCGCGCGAGAUAUCACGGUGUCAUCGCACAAAGUGGAGUUUGACGACUGCACGGGGAACGAAGCGGUGAUUUUCCAGAGCAGUGACCCCAACUUCAGCGUGACGGCAGAUGGAUCUAUCGUUGCCCGGGGAGCGAGCGCCAGCCUGGAUGAGCCGGUCCAGUUUAAACUGACAGCGCACGGUCCACACGAACGAGUGUGGGAGACCGUGGUCCAACUGGCACCGAUCGACCCGCCGCCACCUCGGCAGAAUAAUAAUGAGGUCACGAACGAAGCUGGGAGAGGCGCCGAGAGGGCAGACGAGGAGCCGUUCCCAGCAACACCUCCUGUCAUCAAGUUCUCCAGCUCCGGCCCGGUCCGCUCCAAGGGUCUGCGGCGGCACAAGAGGGACUGGGUGAUCCCGCCCAUUAACGUGGCCGAGAACUCGCGAGGACCGUUCCCUCAGAUGCUCGUCAGCAUUCGUUCAGACCAGGACCAAGACAUCUCAAUCCGAUACAGCAUCACUGGGGUGGGAGCGGAUCAGCCACCCAAUGAGGUGUUUAGUAUUGACCCUGUGCUUGGAAAGAUGUUUGUCACCAAACCUCUUGAUCGAGAGCACCGCUCUUCUUACCAUUUGCGAGCCCAUGCUGUGGACAUGAAUGGGAACCAGGUUGAAAACCCCAUUGAUCUCUACAUCUUUGUCAUUGACAUGAAUGACAACAGACCCGAGUUCAAAAACCAGGUCUACAAUGGCUCUGUGGAUGAAGGAUCUAAGCCAGGGACGUACGUGAUGCACCUGUCAGCCUUCGACGCCGACGACAACACCACUGCUAACGGGAUGGUGCGCUACCGAAUCCUGUCGCAGACGCCGCACAUCCCCAUCCCCAACAUGUUCACCAUCAACAGCGAGACGGGAGACAUCGUGACGGUGGCACCGGGGCUCGACCGAGAGAAAGUGUCCCAGUACACCAUCAUCGUGCAGGCCACUGACAUGGAGGGGAACCUGAACUUUGGCCUUUCCAACACAGCUACCGCCAUCAUCACUGUCACAGACAUCAACGACAACCCUCCCAUGCUGACCUCCAAAACUUUCUCCGGCGAGGUUCCCGAGAACCGCGUGGACGCGGUGGUGGCGAAUCUGACGGUGAUCGACGCCGACCAGCCGCACUCGCCCAACUGGAACGCCGUCUACCGGAUCAUCGGCGGAGACCCCACCGGCCACUUCACCAUCCGCACCGACCCGGUCACCAACGACGGCAUGGUCACCGUGAUCAAGCCGGUGGACUUUGAGAUGAACCGCGCCUUCGUGCUGACAGUGGUGGUCUCCAACCAGGCCCAUCUGGCCAGCGGCAUCCAGUCAUCUCUCCAGUCCACAGCUGGAGUCACCAUAUCGGUCCAGGACGUCAACGAGCCUCCGUACUUCCCCACCAACCCCAAACACAUCCGUUUUGAGGAGGGCGUCCCUGCCGGCACCAGCCUCACGACCUUCUCAGCCUCAGAUCCCGACCGACUGCAAAUGCAGCAGAUGAUCAGGUAUUCAAAGAUGAACGACCCCGCCGACUGGCUGUCCAUCAACAGAACCAACGGUCAGAUCGUAACCACGGCCACGCUCGACCGGGAGUCCGUCUACGUCAAGAAUAAUAUAUACGAAGCCACCUUCCUGGCAGCGGACAACGGCUCCCCCGCCGCCACCGGCACCGGCACGCUGCAGAUCUACCUGAUAGAUAUUAAUGACAACCCCCCGGCGCUGCUGCCCAGGGAGUCUCAGAUCUGCGAGCGGAUGAACAGGAAUGUCAACGGUGUCAACAUCACUGCCGCCGACGCCGACACCGACCCCAACGCCGGGCCUUUCGUCUUCGAGCUCCCCAGCUCGCCCAGCAGCAUCCGACGCAACUGGACAAUAACGCGGAUCAGCGGCGACCACGCCCGCCUGGGUCUGCGCUACCAGAUCUACUUAGAGCCGGGGGUGUACGAGGUCCCCGUCAUCGUGUCCGACUCAGGGAACCCCCCGCUGACCAACAGGUCGGUCAUUAAGGUCAAAGUGUGUCCCUGCGACGACAACGGAGACUGCACCACCCUGGGGGCCGUGGCGGCCGCCGGCCUGGGGACCGGAGCCAUCAUCUCCAUCCUCAUCUGCAUCAUCAUUCUGCUCAGCAUGGUGCUGCUGUUCGUGGUGUGGAUCAAGCGGCGAGAGAAGGAGCGGCAGACGAAGCAGCUGCUCAUCGACCCCGAAGACGACGUCCGGGACAACAUCCUCAAGUACGACGAGGAGGGCGGCGGAGAGGAGGACCAGGACUACGACCUGAGCCAGCUGCAGCAGCCCGACUCCCUGGAGCACAUCAUCAGCAAACCCCCCGGCGUCCGCAGGGUGGACGAGCGGCCCAUCAUCCCCGAGUCCCAGUAUCCCAUCAGGCCCGUGGUGCCCCACCCAGGAGACAUCGGGGACUUCAUCCACGAGGGCCUGCGAGCAGCGGACAACGACCCCACCGCCCCCCCCUACGACUCCCUGCUGGUGUUCGACUACGAGGGCAGCGGCUCCACCGCCGGCUCCGUCAGCUCGCUCAACUCCUCCAGCACGGGGGACCAGGACUACGACUACCUCAACGACUGGGGCCCGCGCUUCAAGAAGCUGGCCGACAUGUACGGGGGCGGGGACGACGACUAAAGCGCCCCCCCCGGUCCCGUCGGCCGGCCGCCCACGCUCUGUCCCUCUAACACGCGGGGCCUUCACGGCCCUAUUGAACACACGUUAACAAUGACACGUUCACUGACCAAGCAACCAAUCAAACCACCCACCGCCGGCCACUGGGGUCGUGAGUCCGUUCCGGGUGCUCUUCUCAACCACCUCCUGCUCUAAAGCCUGUGUUGGACUGAAUAGAAGUUCUGAAUUGCAGGCAUUUCAUAGUUUGUAUUCUCAAAGCCCCUUUGCCUUUUUUUUCUUUCCCUGUGUGUGCGUGCGUGCGAGUGCGGAUGUAGGUUGUAGUUACUUUAAUCUGACUCCGUUGUUUGUUUCGUGUGCUUUUUUAGGCCUCGCGAAUCAAGCCGUCCCUUUUUUCUGAGGGUUUUCACGUUCCCCUCGCUGCCGGCCCCGUCUGCCUCUCUGCAGAAGCUUUAGGUUGAGCUGCUUGCUUUGUCUGGUGGGAACAAAAACGAAGGGGGGGGGUGGAGAAGAACAAGAACACAGAUAUGAAAGUCCUUCCUGCACGGAGGACCCUGGUUUAUUCUUUCUUGAACUUGAAUUACUUAGAACAGAAGCACUGUUGUUUAAAAAGUGCCUUCAGUGGUGCAUAUUUCAGCAGACUCCCGCUAACUCAGGAUUGGUUGCCAUUUUUGGGGCUCAUGCGCCCUCAUAUGACCCCUGACCCUUUAACUCCGACCUUCAUUCGUCGUUUGUGUACUCCGGCAGGGCUGUGGGAGCCGCGGGGGACGUCCGUGCUGCGUUCAGAGGCACGUCGGGCGUCUUACGAGUGCGUUUCACACCGACGCGCCGCACGCGGGCCCACGGCGUGUCCUAAACCUGUAUCUGUGCUUGAAUGUGAUUACUGACAUCAUGGCGGCGACGCGUCGUGCGACUGUUGUGGAGCAGAAGAAGAAGAAGAAGAAGCGUUGCGCGUCUUUGUUUAUGGGGGGCUUCAGUAGCAGCUGUGUUUGUUUUGAGCUCUCAGUGUAUUCACCUGCAGGCUGACGAGGCUUGUUAAUAGAGUGUGUAACGUUACUGUGUAUAAAGGACAGGUGAGGGUCAUUUAUGGGGCCUUUUUAACCCAGCAUCGUUUAAGCUUUGCAUGUUCACCCCUCCACCCCUAGACAUUAUGCGUGCAGGGGAAAGGACAUACUACAGCAGAUUACUUCACAUAGCUCUGAUAGCAUUACAUAAAGUCUAAAUACCAUCAUUACGCUGUUUUUCCAAUUCACUGUUGUUUCUCAACAAGACUUUAAUAUAUAAACCGGUGCCGCUUCCUGUCACGGAAACUGGGGGAACUGAGCCUCAGCCAGGGAUUUAGCGCCUUCACAAUCUGUCUUUCUUCAGGCAGCAUUUCACUCAUCUAAAAUUUUCUCCUGAAAUGUAUUUAUUUUAUUUUUUGGCUGCAAGUUCAAGAGGUUUUUAAAUACAGUUUAGAGGAAGGGAGGGUCUGCUGUGAAGUUCUCCACUUUAUCAGAGCCGACUUGCAAAACUAAAGCGUCAGUAUUAAGCCUUUUAAGGAAGACAGUUGUGUUGCGACUAAAUGGAAAAGCAGCACUAACCGUGGGUUUGUGUAAUCAUAUUUCAAACAGCCCCCCCCCCUCCAAAAAUGCAUAUAUAGAACUGAGAAAAAACAUGGAGCUUUAGUCUUUCUGUUAAUUUAUUUAAAUAUGCAAAGUGUUUCAUGGAGGAGAUGCUGGUGGAUCCACGGCCAGUUUCAACCCCGUCCACCGUAGAGUGACCAGAUGUUGGGCUCAGUCUCCAAUCGCCGCACGGGUCUUGUAUCGCAUUGCUUUUGAACUGUUUAUUAAAGAGUUGGUCCCCGGUCCUACAGAGACACAGUGCCGCUUGCUCUCCCGCCGGCCGUGCACACGCGCACACACCUGAACAGAACGGGGAUCGAUGGGAACAAGCGGCGCCACUGUACGGCUCGCUGAGACCCCAACGUAGAGAGUAACAAGCUUAAGAAUGAACGGUACAACGUGUACCUGUGACGAGAGCAUCCAUCCAUGCUCUUAAGGGAAAACCUGCUUUCGUUGUGGGGAAAAAGAGGGAACGUCCAAAUACUAACAGGGCGGCGUCGUCCUGAUUUAUCGCUGGAGGCGUAAACGGCGUUUUCACAGCGCAGAUACUAAGGAGUUGUUGUCCACCUUGCUGUGGGUCAGGACCCCCCCACAACCUGCAGGAGAUGGACAAAAAAUAAACACAGCUGUUGCUUUUGUGAUCAAUCCUGACACAUCCGUGUUGUGUAUUUCCCCUUUUUCUACACCCCACGUCGACACGAUUCGCCCGUUUGUGUCGGGAGUUUGCGUUGCUUUUUUUUUUUUUUUUCUUCUUUUUCUCCCUCGCACACACCGAGCUCGGCAAGAAACCACGGCAAGUUGUAUCGCUCCGCAGAAAAAAAAAAAAGCCAUGUGCAUUUGAGCGUACGGGAAUCCGUGUGAUUCUGUGUGAGCUCGCGGCCAUAACCGCUGUUCGAGUCGUGAAGAAGGCGCUCCGUUUCAAAGCAACCUGUACAGUCUACACUAGCACACACCCGCUCCUCUAGGCCUUACUGUACAUACGGGAGUGUUCUGUAUUUGAUGAGCCCUGUCAGUAUUGAUCUGGUUGGGGUGCAGAGCGCCGACACGAUGAGAGGCCGUGUACUGUUCACAGAACUCCUGCCGACUGAAUGAGGGCCAAAUAAAACAGGACCACACACACACAUUAACUCUUUACACAAGGUACCGGACCUUUACAGUACCGUUAUGAUGCCCGAAUGUUAUCAGCGACUCACAGCGAACACAUGACACAGAAUCAUUGGUGGAGCUCAUUUAACCGCAAUUUGGGAGAGGAAAUCAUAGAAAACUGACUUCUGACGAACUUGGGCCUGACGUAAAAGUGAGGGGAGACUUGGCAACGGGGCCGAGCGGAGAACCGCUGCACUGCUGGACCGCCUCGGCGCCCUCCGGCUGUCGGUUAAAGGACGCUCGUUCUCACUCUGGACACUGCCAGAACACGGAUCCACACACGACAGGAGGCUCCAGCAGAAUCCAGACUCUUUGUCCUGCUCGGACCACAGUUCUCCCGGUUCUGCUCAAGUCCAAGUGUACAUAAUGUAGUAUUUGCUUAAAGCUAAACAGACCAAGUUAGGCAAACUGUAACUGUACAAUUGGAGCUUUUUGCAUGUGUCUUUUUAUAAUGGACAGAUAAGUUCUAUUACAGUAAUCAUACAACAUUUUAAAACGUGUCGCAGCCCGCAUGACCGAGGUUGCAGUCCAGGAAGUGUUCUGGCGUGCCACGCUCACGUGAUUCGGCGGGAGGCGGGAAAAAAGCGGAAAAAAAAUUGCACAGUUAUGAAGUCAAAAGACUUUUUUUUGUAAAAUGUCAACAGCACAAAUAUUUUGUAUUGUUGUUUGUACCAUUUUGUAAGAAAAUGAAGAAAAGGUAACCAAAAAAAAAAAGAGGAACGAGUCUGUCGUUUUCAAGCGUGUGUUUCUAGUGCCGCUGCAAUCUUGGUUUCCAAACGCCGUACAGUACAUGCGCAGCCUUGCAGAUCAACCUUGUAAUAUAGACGCAGAGCUGGAGACUCCCUGUCAGCACCAUGUGUUAUAAAUAAAACUCCCCCCUCCUUAUACGAA